AUGAGGUGUGGGUUGGGAGGGAUGGGUAGAGGGAGGGUUUUGGGUGGGGGGUGUUGUUUUUUGGUGGGGUGGGUUGAUUGUGUUUUGGGGGGGGGGGGGGGGGUUUGGGUAGUGGAUGUUGGGGGGGGUGUUGAUUGUGUUUUGGUUAAGUGUGGUUUGGGUGGGGGAAGGGGUGGUAUUGAUGGGGGGGGGGGGGGGGGGGGGUGUAUGUGUUGGGUGGGGGGGGAUGGGUGUGUAGGUGGGGUGUGGGUUGAGUGUGGGUGGAUAUUUGGGGGGGGGGUGUGGGGGGGGUGGGGGGGGGGGGGGGGGAUGUGGUUGGGGGGGUGGGAGGGGGUGUAUAUGGGGGGGGGUGUGGGGGGUUGUAGGGUGUUUUUGAGUAUUGGGGGGGGGGUGUUGGGGGGGAUUGGGGGGGGUGGGGGGUGUGUGGUUUGA